AUGUCUUCAGCUACUAACGCAACAGAGAUCGAAAUUCAGACAGAAGAUAAUGGUACAUUUCAAAAUAUCAUACGACAUAUAAUGUCGUUCAAAGAUAAUCCAAUUUCUAUUCUACUUAUUCGUCAUCCACCUGUACGUACAAGUAUUGAAGCGUCCAACCAACGACAAGUUCCCUUACAUAGUGGAGCCAAAGCUAUGCUUGUUUGUCAGAAAAAUACUGAUCAAUUUACAUUAGUGAUUCUUCCAGCACAUUUAUCAUGUGAUACGAAAAAAAUAGCUUCUGUUCUUGGUAUACCUUCAUCAAAAUUACGUAUGGCUAAUGAAGAAGAAGUUCGAAAGAUUACUGGUUGUAUACCAGGUGCUGUGCCACCUUUUGGUGCUUUAUUUCCUCAACCUGUUAAAACAUUAAUCGAUACAAAAAUGUCUCAAUCAACAUCACAUCCGCCACCAUUAGCAUUCAAUCCUCAUGUCGAAUUAUUUUCCGUCAAUGAUCCUGAAUGGCCAAAUGAUUUAGCAAAUGCUACAUUACCAGAACAUGCUCAUCAGGAUCGUACUGAUUGCAUUAAUUUCAAUAUAGGCUUACGAACGAUUUCAUGUUCAAUACCAUUCGAUGAUUAUUUGAGAGUUCUAGGAGAACAAAAUUAUUUUAUUUGUGAUAUUUCAAAAUAA